GAUCUUCAGGAUGAAGUCUCUGCAGAUUUUUCUCCUGCUGAGUCUCUUCAUGCUUUCAGCUCAGCAGCUGGACGAACCCGUCACCUACGCAUGUACGGAGGGCUACGAGUUCAACCUGGAGGAGCAGGAAUGUAAAGACAUCAACGAGUGCGAGACGCUGCCAGACGCCUGUAAAGGAGGGAUGGGUUGCAUCAACCACUACGGUGGAUACUUCUGUCUGCCGCUGAACGCCCAGAUCAUCAUCAGCAACAGCGAGGAGGACCCCCCCACCGUGACCCGCCCCCCCCCUCCUCCACACUUCAUCCCCAUCCCUGCAGUGCCCAGCCACCGUGGCAACUACCAGAUCACCAGACUCCAGGCCGGGCAGACCUUCUACACAUGUCCAAUCGGAUUCACCGCAGACGAGUUCAACUUCUGCAGAGACCUGGACGAAUGCCUGCAGUCGUCCUAUAUCUGUCAGUGGAGGUGUGUGAACCAGCCCGGCUCCUACAGUUGUGUCUGUCCUGAAGGAUACCAGGUGCAGGGAACACACAUGUGUCAAGACAUUAACGAGUGUGAAACAGGACCAAACUGCCACGAGGACCAGGUGUGCUGGAACUAUUUCGGAGGUUACCGCUGCUAUCCCAGAAACCCCUGCCAGGAGCCCUACGUCCAGAACGGGGAGGGUCGCUGCAGCUGUCAGUCUCUGAGCGCGUGCAGAGGACUUCCUCCCACCAUCGUCUACAAGUACAUGAGCAUCACGUCGGAGCGUUCUGUGCCGGCGGACAUCUUCCAGAUCCAGGCCACCAGCGUCUUCCCCAACAUGCACAACACCUUCCGGAUCAAAGCCGGCAAUGAGGAGGGACAGUUCUUCCUCAGGCGAUCCAGUAACGUGAGCGCCAUGCUGGUGAUGAUGCGCCCUCUGAUUGGUCCCAGAGAGCACGUCCUGGACCUGGAGAUGGUGACGCAGAACUCCGGCCUCAGCUAUCGAUCCAGCUCUCUGCUCCGCCUCACCAUCAUCGUUGGUCCGUACGCCUUUUAGAAUCUUCCACAGUUUCACAGGAAUCUGUUUCCAGGACACUUUCCAGGCCUUGAACAUGUUUCUUCCAGUGGCUCCGUUAGUUUGAGUUCGUCUUUGCUGUGAAACCUGGACUCUUCCAGGAAAGUGCUUCAAGAUUUAAACAUCUGCAGUGAACCAUUUUAACAUUUAGUCCUUCAACCCUUCUACUCACUAAUUAGAAGCUACUAUUGUGUAUGUUUAUUGUGGCAGCGCCCUCUAGUGUCCAUACAGCACAACACAUGACUAAGACGUCACGUAUUAUAAGUAACCAGAAGGUUGUACUCCGGUGGCGGUGGGAUAGCAAGUCAGCCGUGUUUCUCCUGAGACCGGCGUUCAGUUCCCGUCUUCAACAGGUUAAGUAGCAUUAGCUACUUUAGCUAGCUAGCUAUAUUAGCGUAAAGGCGUUGACCUUCACAGGUAGGGGCGCUUUCAGGAAACGCUAAUAUGAGUCGUAUUUGGAGGUUCGUUAAAACGACUUAAGUUGUCGUUUAGGUUGGAGGACUUCGUCCAUUAGUUACUAGUAGCUAUUCCUGUUUUACUAGAAACAACUGAUUAGAUACUAGUACUCAAUUUUCCCGUUCCAAAAGACAGUAGUAACAUUUUCAUUGUUUUGGGUUACUAAUCAUUCAUUAAUGACAGUCUGUUGAUGAACAUUUUAACUCUUACUAGUAACUAAUGGAAUCGUUACCAGUAAGAGUUAAAUAGGUGACAUCUAAACUGCAGAGCCUGAAAGAUUUCAAUAGGAAACAUGUGCACUUAGUUACUAAUAAAAUGGGAAUAGAAAUAAGUUCUAGUAGCUUUUAAAUAGCGAGAUUUAAAGAAUAAAUGUUAAACAGUUUGCCGUAAACAUCUGACUUCAAACAUUUAGGCCACGUUUCCACGUCCUCAUCACAGGGCGUCCAAUACCAGCGCUUUCAGAAAAAGUGACAAAACGUAGUUAUUUGACGCUCAUUGUCAAGUUCUGUGUGUUUUUAAUUGAUUACAGCUCAGCCCAAACUUGAAAACUGCUUUUCUCUCUGAAGAACGCAAAGGACAACUCAAUCUUUUCACUUCUUGAUUCUUUAUUUUCUUUGAGAUGGUUUGAUAGACCAGUGAUGGAAUAAUAUGGUAUAGUUUCUUGAAUGUGACUUGAUAGAUCAGUGUGGGACAGUAGGUAUAGGUUGAUAACCUUUCAAAUGCACAAACCAAAACAUGAAUUAGUUACAGAUAAGUCAUGAAUCAGUCACACAUAAAUCACAAUACCACUUUCUCACAGAAGUAAUAAAUAAAUGCUAUUGAACCUUCAAACCAAACUAAACACGAUCCUUCAGUCUAACCUAGGAUUUUAACAAGAAAAUACCAAUCCCAUAAUUAAACUCAUGCACAUGUUACUUCUAUCAAGUUCAACAUUCACAUAACAAAUCCCUAUUACUUAUUUUAAAUUGCAAAUUACAAUCCAAGCAGAACCUGAACAUUUAAAACUCAAUAUAUUCAAACACAGUCAAUCAUAAAUUGUCCUACCAGUUGCGUCUUUGAGUGAUCAGGAGCUGUAAUCAUAGUGUCCUUUUCCAGGAAUAAAUGAGAGAACCAACCGAACUCUCUACAAACAUUUCAAUGCCAUGCUCUCUCUGUGGGUGCGCAGGCAAAUAUAGUCCCAAAAGCUACUUCCCCAAAAGUUGGUUCCACCAACUUUUGUUGCAUGAUUGCCCCCUGCAGUUUGGGAGUGCCCUGAGAGCCCUGGGUGAAUCUAGGCUUGGAUUGCUCAGUACAACUAAAGCAAAGUAACCAUAAAUUGACACAACAUCUCCCACUUGACCUCCUGGUUCUUCAACCCAAGGAGGUCACACCAGAACUGUGACGUGUCGGAUUUAGUUACUCCAUUUUUGGUCCUGUUGCUACUGCUGCUCUUCAACUGGAAGUAGGACAACUAUCCGUCUGACAUCCCUGUGAAGAACUGUUGCAGGUAUCUUGGUUGAGUGUUUUUUCAUCUUUUUAGUCGGUUUCACAGUUGCGACUGGGUAGCUGGGGAAGGAUCGGAGAUAUACAUCCCUCACAAUUCCCUUCCUGUCAGUGUUGACGUCAAUGACCCUGGCAAGCCUGAACUGACCUCUCAAGGCAUUCUGGUCAGCCAACCAGACGACAUCUCCAACUGCCACAUUCCUGUGAACGGUGUGCCACUUGGUCCGGACAAACAGAUUUGGUCCGGCUAACUGGCUCCAUUUCCUCCAGAAUCGGUCAACUUCUGUUUGGAUGAUUCUCAAUCUUCUGUAAGGAUAGCCUUUAAAAUCAAAGGUCUCUGGAUCUCCCCUGUGUCCAGUUCUUCCGAGCAGAAGCGAAUUUGGGCUGAUGUAUUCCACACAGUCCUCCCGGCUCUGAGUCCUGGCAUCAAUAGGUCGUUCAUUUGCAAGGUUGGAAGCCAUAUAAAGGAAAGUUUGAAACUCACCCCAUGUGAAGACUCCAUCACCCCCCAGAUUGUGCAAAGCUCGCUUUAUCAUCCGGACAGCAGCCUCAACAGCUCCGUUUCUGUGAGGUGAGUCUGCUGGAUGGAUCUUCCAGCUCCAUUCUGUGCCAUGCUUGGAGACUUCAUCUUCAAGCUUUGAUUUCUCCAGUCGGUCCAGAAACAUGUAGAGCUCUUUGAGGGCAGGUCUGGCUCCGACGAAGUUCUUCCCAGGAUCCGACCACAAUUUCCUCGGAUGU